UAGUAUAAUUUUUAAAUCUACAGAUUUCCAUAUAUUUUAAUUUUAUUCUAAUUAAUACUCUGUAUUAGAUUAUGACAAAAAGAAAACUCUAUAUUAGAUAUUUUAUUGCAAUCAAAUUUAGUUCCAGUAUUCCUAAUUCAAUAAGGAUUUGUACCACUUUAUAUAAAUUAUGGAGGGUGAAUAUAUAACAUAUAAUCCAUUCCAAAACAAAGAGAGGUUAAAAGUCGAUGGAGAAAUCCCCGGUGGUCAUGGCCGAAGAAGGAGAACACUCCGGAGCUAAGGAACUUGCCAAACCCAAUAUCUCCAUGUCGGAUCUCAUGUUUGUCAAACUCAUAAGCGUGUACACAACCAAAUCAAAGAAGUUAACACUUGUAGAAUCUGGUAAGAACCGCGAGUUUAGCCACAAUGACCGGUUCCAAAUAGAAAUCGUAGACUUGAGCCGUUUCGAAGUGCCCAAGUCCAGUAUGGGUGAUGUAACGAUCACUUGGGAAGUCGUUUAUAAGAAAGAUUGGCAAAACGUUGCCACAAUCGUUAAAGCUCGAAGGUCAUUAGACACAAACUUACGAUGGUUGUUCAACGAUCUUCCUGCUCCAGAAGAUCUAAUCAGACGUGGCCUAACCGCCGAUGUCAAGGUGAGUUUAAACGGCGACUUACUUGACAAGAUCAGCCUUGAAAUAUUCAUCGAAAACGACAAGAGAUAUUUUUCCCCUGACGAUACUCUUAGAUAUCUUCAAUGUUUUUUCUUCUCUAAAAACUAAUUAUUAUGUAUAUCCAAAGUCUAUGAAAGUUAAAAAAAAUAGUACAAUUUGUAUGCGUUUCUACCUAAAUAAUCAUGAGCUUUGUUUUGUCACCAAAAU